CUUUAUUAUUUUAAUUCAUCGGCAUUACAAUAUUUCAAAAAUACAUUAGGCAUUAGUGGGCAUAAUUCCAUUCAUCCAUCGCGCGAUGCGCGAUGGAUGAUCUCCUCCUAGUAGUUCUAUAGAAAGGGUUGAUUAUUGUUGUCAGUUGGGCGACUAAAUUGGAGGAUUUCUGUUUGAUUGAUGACAGGAGGCCUGCAUCUGGUAAGAGCAAAACUACUCGACCCAAUUUUCUCUACAGCCCAUAGUCUGAAGGCUGACUCCACAACCAGUAGGCCCAAAAUAAAUAUAAACUCUAGGCCCCACCACCCCAAAAAAAAAAAAAAAACCAAAAAUAACUCCUGUUGUUUUUGUUACUCGAGGAGCAGCAAUGGCGUCGUGUUUCUCUGCAACGCAUCCUUAUUAUGUUUCAUGGACCUCCUCUGCGAAAUUCGGACAAAGCUCUAAUCUUUCCUACGUUACAAAGUCGUUAGUUUUCAGGUGUAGGAAGCGGACUCAGUGCGCCCUGCAAAUUCACUGCCCAUUGAUGAAGGCUCGUGUGGCCUCUUCUUCCAUGGAUACCACAGAUGCCCAUAUCGAAGAGAACAGCAGCUUCUCCACGCUACGAGAGCUAUGCGAAGGUCACGUGCCUGAGCACGUGAUUAACAGGAUGGAAGAAAUUGGAUAUGUUGCACCAACAGAGGUGCAGCAGCAAGCUUUACCGGUGCUUUUUGCUGGACGAGAUUGUAUACUUCAGGCCCAGACAGGCUCCGGAAAAACUCUUGCAUACCUGCUGCAGAUUUUUUCAGUCAUUGAUACUCAAAGAUUUGGUGUUCAAGCACUGAUUGUUCUGCCCACAAGGGAGCUUGGCAUGCAAGUUACAGAAGUUACUCGAAAGCUUGCUGCUAAGCCUUCACAGGCUGAACGACAGCAGAAGCCAUGCACCGUCAUGGCUCUUUUAGAUGGGGGAAGGUUGACAAGACAUAAGAGGUGGUUAAAGGCAGAGCCUCCUACUAUAGUGAUUGCAACUCUGCAGAGUUUGUGUCAUAUGCUUGAGAAGCAAAUUUUUGGGUUAGGUGCCAUGCAAGUGCUGGUAAUUGAUGAGGUUGAUUUUAUGUUCAAUUCCUCAAAACAAGUUGAUGCUCUUCGAAGGCUAUUGACAUCAUACUCUUCAAGCAGUAGUCGUCAAACGAUUUUUGCCAGUGCAUCAGUUCCCCAGCACAAGCGAUUUCUGCACGACUGUAUACAGCAUAAAUGGACCAAGGGUGAUGUUGUUCAUGUCCAUGUAAAUCCAGUUCAGCCAAUGCCAUCAUGCCUACAUCACAGAUUUGUGGUAUGUGGCGAAAGGGAAAGGCACUCAACGUUGCUAUUGUUAUUACAAUCAGAUGCUCCUCAGUCUGCUAUAGUGUUUGUUGGAGAGCAAUCUGAAAAGUCAAAGAAGGCUGGAAAUGCUCCACCAACAACUAUCCUAUUUGAUUUUUUAAAGGCCUCCUUUCUGGGAUGCUCCACAAUAAUUCUUCUGGAGGAAGAUAUGAAUUUUAAUCAGCGAGCAGCAUCCUUAAUAGAUCUUAGAGGAGGAGGAGACUUUCUUCUGGUUGCAACAGAUAUAGCAUCUAGAGGAGUUGACCUGCCUGAGACAACUCAUAUUUACAAUUUUGAUCUGCCAAGAGAUGCAGUAAAUUACCUUCAUCGAGCUGGAAGGGCAGGUAGGAAACCAUUUUCAGAUGAUAAAUAUUUUGUGACCAACAUUAUAGCACCAGAAGAGCGAUUUGUAUUGCAGAGAUUCAAAAAUGAACUGAAGUUUUUCUGUGAAGAGUUGUUCCUGUAAUUGUGUGAAUGAUUUUUUGGUUUGUGCGUGAGUGAAAUCCAUUCCAAUUGGCUCAAUUUGAAUAGAAUGAAUCAAAUUUUAUUUAUUUAUUGCUUUUUCUCAC